UGAUUUAAGCGACAAAUAGCAUUCUGCAGGCGUAUAUGGCAGUUUCCAAUCUAUAACCUCUGUGAUCUGUGGACAUAGAUCGUUGAUCCGUCGUGGACUGUUUAUAGAAUGUUUGUUCUAAUUCUCACAUUUUAAGAAACAUUACGCAUUGUUAGAUUUAAUUUUUGCAAAGAUGCCACCCACUAUCCAAAACGGACCAGGUCCAGGGGAGAAGCGUCCGGAACGACCUGUAAAACCCGUAGAGAAAAGAUCGGAAUUAAUAUGUAAAGUGAAAUACUGCAAUACCUUACCAGAUAUUCCAUUCGAUCUCAAAUUCAUUUCAUACCCCUUUGAGUCAUCUCGUUUUAUUCAAUACAAUCCCACAUCAUUGGAGAGAAACUACAGAUAUGAAGUACUCACUGAACAUGAUUUGGGGGUCAAUAUCGAUUUAAUCAACAAGGAUACAUACGCUAUUGGAGACGGAACUGCAAUGGAUCCUGCGGACGAAAAAUUGCUGGAAGAAGACAUUCUUACACCUCAAGACUCCAAAAGAUCACGCCAUCAUGCCAAGUCGGUUUCAUGGCUUCGUCGUACUGAAUAUAUUUCUACUGAACAGACCAGAUUUCAACCACAGACCAUGGAUAAAGUUGAAGCAAAAGUGGGUUUCAGUAUUAAAAAAUCCUUUAACAGCGAAACUCUUUAUAUGGACAGAGACUCUCAAAUUACUGCCAUCGAGAAAACAUUUGCUGAUGCAAAAAUUCCUAUUGAUAAGCAUUACAGUAAGCCGAAUGUUUUCCCAGUCGAAGUUUUGCCAGUUUAUCCCGAUUUCAAUUUGUGGAAGUAUCCUUGUGCCCAAGUUAUUUUCGAUUCUGAUCCAGCACCUAUUGGCAAAGGAAUUCCGGCGCAAAUUGAAGAAAUGUCCCAAGCUAUGAUUCGAGGUGUAAUGGAUGAAAGUGGUGAACAGUUCGUAGCCUACUUCCUUCCAGUUGAAGAGACAUUGAACAAACGGCGUGAAGACUUUGCAAACAAUAUUCCUUAUCAGGAUGAUGAAGAAUAUGAAUAUAAAAUGGCUCGAGAGUAUAACUGGAAUGUAAAAAGCAAAGCGAGCAAAGGUUAUGAAGAAAACUAUUUUUUCGUGGUACGGCACGAUGGAGUUUACUACAAUGAGCUCGAGACCAGAGUUCGGCUAAGUAAGAGACGACAAAAGGUCGGCCAAGCCCCGAGCAAUACCAGGUUAAUGGUUAAGCACAGGCCCAUGAAAGCAAACGAAUUCAAGAUGCAGAGAUACAGAGAAAGACAACUGGAACCUCCGGGCGAAGACGACGAAGAACUUGAAAUUGAAGAGGAGCCGGAAGAAAUGGAACAAGAUCCGAACGAAAGCCAAGCGGAGUCCGAUCAAGAUCAAGAGCAAAGUGUCAAAGCAAAGGAAAGUGACAAUGAAAGUAACGACGGAAGGGCAUCAAAGCAAUCUAAAGCUUCAUCAAGAUCCUCUAGGCGCUCUAAAAAAUCUAAAUCAGCCUCUCGAUCUCGAUCGCGGUCCGUUUCUAAAUCAAGAUCACAAUCGAAAUCUCGAUCCAGGUCAAGAUCGAAAUCCAAAUCUCGUUCACGAUCCCGAUCGAGGUCACGCUCUGCUUCUCGAUCAGUUUCUCGUUCGAAAUCUAAGUCUAGAUCCCGUUCAAAAUCGAAGUCCGCAUCGCGAUCUCCUUCAAAAUCGCCGUCUCGCUCCAAAUCCAGAUCAAAAAGCAGAUCUCCUUCGAGAUCACGGUCGAGAUCAAAAACUCCUAGAUCACGGUCGCAAUCGAAAUCUUUAUCUAGAUCACGGUCUGGCUCUCGAUCAAAAUCCGAGUCGGGUUCUCGAUCAGGUUCUGCCUCCGAAAGUGAGUAAAGCUUGUUUGUUUAUUUGGAAUGACAACUUAUAUACUACCUAUGCUAGUUUUAGUUGUUAAAAAGUUACAAGAAUUAUGUAGUUAGACGCAUGGUAAAAAAAUUGUCUAUUAUUAAAAUAGCAUAUUGUGGUAAAACUCCAGUUUUAAAGGUUAGAUUGUAUUCGGUGAGGAAAAAAUUGUGAAUAAAGGAAAACUACCCAAAUUAA